CAUGGAGGAAAGGAGUAUGUAGAGUAAACUUAACUGUCUCAAUUUCCACUCCGUUUCAAGCAUUUGCCUUUGUGAUUCACGCCCGGUAAACAAAUUGGACAACAUCGUUAAUUAAUUUAAAUAAAUAAUAGUCGUUUCUGGACGGUCGUGGGAGCCGAGAUAGCCACGGAAACUGCGAGAAGCAUUUAUGACAGGAUUUGGCAUAUGCCCGGUGAAAAAGCAAUAAGGAGCGGUGCGUCUGGCUGAGUGUAGCCAGUAGAGAUGGGUGCCAACACCAGCCAGGUCAGUGACCUGUCCGAGAACCCCAGCCUCAAGGCCCUGGUGGGCCCUGAGUCCAUAUCGGAGAAUGACCCUUUCUGGAACCAGCUCAUCUCCUUCACCUUCAUCAGCCCAACCAGCAGUGGAGACUCUAAGUUGCUGGAAGAGGCCGUCAUCCCCCUGGCAAAGAUCCUCAUUGAAAACAAUCCCAGAACAGGGAACUUUGGCGCCCUUGUAAGAAUUUUCCUGGGAAGAACCAAAGAGCUGAAAAUCUCCACAGAAUGCCAAGAUCAGCUGUUUAUCUGGCAGGCCCACAAUGCAUUGUUCAUGAUUCGCUGCCUGCUCAAGGUGUUCAUCAGGGAGAUGAGUGAAGAAGAUCUGCACUUACAGUUCUCCUACCAGGAGAGGGCACCAGGCUCCUGUGGAGAAACAGGCCGUGAGGACCUCCUUGAGGAGCUGUUGUCCAACCUUGUUCACUUGAUCGUUGAAGUGCCCCUGCUAGAUAUCACCUAUAGCAUUCUGUUUGAAGCGGUGACCACGCUGCUGGUAUUCUUCUCCUAUCAGCUGUUCCACAAAGACAUCCUGCGAGAUGGAUUAAUCUACCAACACAUCAUGAAGGGACGAUGUUUGUGUUUAACCAGUCGACUGGUGAAGACCCUUCUCUACAACUUCAUCAGACAGGAGAAAUGUCCACCUCCAGCAACCCACAUCUUUGAGCCGAAAGCUGAGGGCGGCCUUCUUUAUGGCCUGGCAUCCGGGGUGGCAAGUGGUCUGUGGAGUGUCUUCACAUUGGGUGGAGCUGGCAGCAAAGCAGGGAUGGACCAGGAACACAACCCUUUACCUUUGUCCAAUCAGAGCCUUUUGUUACUUCUGGUUCUAGCCAAUCUGACAGACGGGCCUGAUUGGCCCAACCCAUACCGCCAGGCUAUUACUUGUUUCAGAAACACACAAGACACAUCGUCGCUGCCUGUGGAGCAACCUCACACUUUCCAAAUCAAUUUCAACAGUCUGUACACAGCACUGUGUGAGCAGCAGCGCUCAGACCAGGCCACACUGCUGCUGUACACCCUGCUUCACCAGAAUGCCAACAUGAGGACGUACAUGCUCUCCAGAACCGACAUGGACAAUCUGGUGUUACCCAUCCUCGAGAUCCUUUACCAUGUGGAAGAAAGAAAUUCUCAUCAUGUCUACAUGGCCCUCAUCAUUCUCCUCAUCCUUACAGAAGACGAUGCCUUCAAUCGCUCCAUCCACGAGGUGGUAUUGAAGAACGUCUCGUGGUACACAGAGAGGUCAUUGACGGAGAUUUCACUCGGCAGUUUGCUCAUCCUGGUGGUCAUCCGCACUAUCCAGUUCAAUAUGACCCGGACCAGGGAUAAGUACCUCCACACCAACUGCCUGGCUGCACUCGCAAACAUGUCAGCUCAAUUUCGAUGUCUUCACCAGUAUGCUGCCCAGCGCAUCAUCAGUUUAUUUGCUUUGCUUUCCAAAAAGCACAACAAGGUUUUGGAGCAGGCAACACAGAGUCUGAGAGGAAGACAGGGAGACAACACAGCCUUGCCUGAUUAUGCCCAGGACCUGAAUGUGAUUGAGGAGGUGAUCCGCAUGAUGCUGGAAAUCAUCAACUCUUGCCUGUGCAACUCUCUACACCACAACCCCAACCUGGUGUACGCGCUGCUCUACAAGAGGGAGCUCUUCGAGCAGUUCAGGACACACCCAUCCUUCCAGGACAUCAUGCAGAACCUGGACACGGUGAUUGGCUUCUUCAGUCAGCGUCUAGAGCAGGCUGGAAGUGACCUGUCAGUCGAGAGGGUUCAGGAGGUCAUCAUGAAAGGAGCCCAGGCUCUACCCACAGACAGACUGAAGAAGUUCCCAGAACUCAAGUUCAAGUAUGUAGAGGAAGACCAGCCAGAGGAUUUCUUCAUCCCUUAUGUCUGGUCCCUGGUCUUCAACUCUGGAGUUGGCCUGCACUGGAGCCCGCAUGGCAUCGAGCUCUUCAGCAUGGACUCUGGCUGAAACUCCUGCAGUGGACUGUGUGUGUUUUCAUCCCUGUUCAGUAUAGAGGAGAAAAAAAACAACUGACAGCCUGUGUGUGCGUGCGUGCGUGUGUGUGUGUGUGUGUGUGUGUGUGUGUGUGUGUGUGUGCGCAUUACCCUUUAUAGUAUGUGCACGCUGCUUUGAAAGUGCCUCAACCUUGUACAGAACGGUGUUUCUUUUUUUCCCUUUUAUGCAGCACAACUUCUUUUUUUUCCACUCUUCCUCAUAUCAUAAUAAUCCUUCUGCUUCUACACUGUGAAGCUUCAUCUGUGCAGGUUAACAGUUCACACAGUAGCGCCCACUCGUGUAUAGAAAAAUUGCCUAUUUAACAUUUGAGCAGAAUGACCUGAUCCCCACAGCACAUGCUGAGUUACAUCUCUUCUGUAAAACCUUCUGUUAUUGUGAGGAGCUCAGGACACUGGCGAUGGAUAAUCCAGCGGGUUUUUUUUCUUGCUUACAAAGAAAAAGGUCAAUUAAAACACAUGCACCUAAGUGUUACACUGCUCCGGUGAACGUUUAUUUAAAGCUGCAGUGAAUGCUAAGAAAUAGCACCAAUGUAUCAUUCAAGGCAAGUCACGCUCUUGAAAAAUGCAGCCUACAUCUCACAAAUAUCCUGUAAAUUACUGACUUUAAGUAUGAUAAUCUCAUGAAUUAACUUUCUAUUUUCACCACACAUUGUUCUCUGAAUACAAAGAGUUUGUAUAAAAGAUGUGUAUGAAACUAAGUUUAAAAUGGGUCAGGAAAAUAGAGCUGAUCGCCAACAGAAAGUCCUCUGUUUUGUUGUAAUGUCCGGGGAUUUCAGAUUUGAGCCCACCGGUGUUGCUUAGUGUCCACCUCCAAUAACCCACAUUGAAAUAUAGUUUAAUUAAAGCUUAAUUUCAUCAGUCCCUUGAGAAUAUUAGUAGUCCACAUCACCCUGAUUUAUGCGAUAUCAUUGACACUUCAAGCCCAUUUAUUUGACUUAACCCUGUCUUUGACGUUUCCAUUGUUUUCCUGAUGGUAACCUAAGGCAAGUACUUCAACUAGUGCGAGUCAUUAAACCUUCUGUUGUAGUGCGUAUAAUUACAGCUGUCUUUUUAAUUUGUCACUUUAUUUGCAUGUUUAACUAGAGACUUUGUAUAAAAUUAUUUAUUUUCAUGUAUAUUGUUUUUUUUAUAUAUAUAUAUUCAGCCCCUCCAAAUGUAGACAGUAGUAGUACUGAAACAACUACUACUAAUGAAAGAGAAACAGUGGUACUAUUCUUUGAUUCUUUCCAGGUGGGAAAACUGGCUUUAUAUUAUUACAUAUAAUAUGACAACAGCUGUCAUUUUGUGGCAAAUAAUACUUUGAAAAUAGGAGUUUAA